UCGUCUUGCCGCGUUUGACAAGAUCUCUUUCUCUCAAACAUCCUAUCUAUCAUCCUCCAAUGACAAUUUAUAACUACUGAGUAUUGCGAUCUAUCUGCGAUCAAUUAUGAUAUAAAUUGACCUUUGAUGUUCCAUUGAUUUUCUGUUCGAACGACAAUCUUAGUUAUCCUUGUCAAUUGUCAAUAAUUAUUAUCAAGCGAGUUAUGACUAGCAAGAUAAUUGAUCGGAAGAUUGAAAGGAAUACAUAUGAAGAAAAGAGCUCCUUUAAAGUCGGCGAAGAGCGCGUGUGCGACAUGUUGGAGCUUAAACUCUGAGCAAACGGAUGCAACUAGUAUCAUACAGUUAGUGUCCUGUGUGCUGACGACCAGUUCCAUAGCACAUAUGGAAUCUUUAAUGCAGUAAUCCAAAAAGUUUCAAUUUUUCUCUGAAGUUUAAGAAUAUAAUUAUAACCCAAAUAUUAAAAAGAAAAAUAUAAUUAAACGUGAUAAAAAAGUAAAGAAAAUAUUAAAAUAUGAGAUAUAAACAUAUUGGUUUUGUCGGUGCAUCAUUAAUCACGUUCCUUUGCCUGCUUUCUGGACUCGUGUAUUAUUUCAAUCAAGAUGCGUGUCCUGUCGGUUCAUUCCUUUGUCAAAAUAGCACCAAAUGCGUACCACAACGUGACUGGUGUAAUGGAAUAUUGGAUUGUCCAUAUUAUGACGAUGAAUUCACAACAAAUUGCUUUGACAUACAUGGAACUUGGGAAUGGUUUAUGCAACCUAGAGAUUGGGGAAACUUUACGAAUUGCGAUGCGUUUGAUGCUCCAGGCAGAUGCAUUUACGAUACAUGUUCUGUAACAUGUACGAAUUAUACCAAUAUACCUCAGAACUUAUCAUCAAACAUCACACAGAUAAUUUUAACCGGAAAUUCAUUAAUGCGCUUACACCAUAAUGCGUUAUUAAAAUAUCCACAGAUACGUUCACUAUUUCUCGAUAAUAACAAUAUAAUUGAAUUAAAAAAGAGGGCAUUUGUUCAUCAAACUGAGCUAUUUUGGUUAGUUCUCACAAACAAUAGAAUCAGCAAGAUACAGCCUGGACAUUUAAUAGGAUUGGAUAAAUUAGAAACUCUGAGAUUGAAUCAAAAUAGAAUUAUAAUGGCAGAUUUUUCUGACUUAGAAAAUAGCACUACUACUUAUUUGAUAGAUCUGAGUAAAAACAUGUUGACGACAUCAGCCUUGAAGCUGCCACGAUUACCAGCAUUGACAGAAAUAAUCUUGGAUGAAAACCGCUUCGAAUCAAUAACGGAAGAUUUAUUCGCCGGGUGCUCCGGUUUGAAAUCACUGAGUAUGGAGAACAAUAGCAUAAGCAACAUCGAUGAGCAUGCGUUCCGAAACUUACAACUUGUUGAACUUAAUUUGGCCCACAACAAAAUAAUUACGAUACCGUCAAACGUGUUUCAACCUGUGAAUAAUCUGUCGAAGCUAUUAAUCGGUUACAAUCCUAUCGCUGAGUUACCAAUGACGCUCUUUAAUCCGCUGAAAAAUCUUCGUUCUCUGGGUGUCGAAGAUAUAAACAUGGAUAAUAUGAAAAAAAAUGCGUUCGACAUGUUUCCAAACCUUGAUUUCGUAUAUUUUAAGAAAUUCCAUUACUGCAUGACUUACGCACCGAAAGUGCAAAAAUGCAGGCCUGCUAGCGAUGGCGUGUCAUCCAUGUCUCAUUUGCUGGGCAAACCUCUGUUAAGGGCUGCUGUUUGGAGUAUAUCUUGUGUUACUUGUCUUGGAAAUAGCCUCGUUCUAUGGGAAAGAUUUGUCGUCAAGGAUGAGAACCGUGUUUUGAGUAUUAUUAUCAGAAAUCUUGCAGUAUCCGACAUGUUGAUGGGAAUAUAUCUCUUCAUAAUCGCUAUAGAAGACGCGAGGUUCCGCGAUAACUACAAACAAGAAGCAAGUACGUGGAUGUCCUCAUGGUUCUGCACACUUUUAGGAGCAUUAGCUAUGACAUCAUCUGAGGUCUCCGUGCUUAUUCUAUCAUUCAUGUCCGUGGAGCGAUUCAUUCUAAUCGCAGCUCCUUUAAAACGUCAUCAAGCGAUGACAUCUCAAGCUGCGCGUUCGUCGAUGAUCGUCAUCUGGAUUGUUGGAUUUAUCCUUGCUCUUGUGCCAGUUAUCCAUUGGAGAAACAGCACGAGAUUCUACGGUGUCAAUGGGAUGUGCUUUCCUCUACACAUAGACGAUCCAUAUCUGAUAGGCUGGGAAUAUUCAGCCUUUAUCUUUCUGGGACUUAAUCUUUUAGGAUUGAUGAUUAUCGCUUACGUUUAUACCGCUAUGUUCGCCAGCAUCUGGAGAACGCGCCACGCCACACCGUUGUCGAUCGGCGAUUCCGAAUUUGCUUUCAGAUUUUUUCUAAUCGUGUUAACAGAUGCGGCAUGUUGGGCGCCGAUUAUAGCGUUAAAGAUUCUCGCAAUGAUGAAGUAUCCAGUGCCACCUGAUUUGCACGCUUGGAUUGUGAUUUUUAUCCUGCCGGUUAAUAGUGCGAUCAAUCCGCUGUUAUAUACUUUUACCACGCCGAAAUUUCGCGAGAAGUUCAAUGAGAGUUGGUGCGGAAAAGUGCGUAACUACAUAUCGAGGAAAUAUUCCAGACAAGAUUCACAGUCAUCGGCCACUACCAAUAAAACCACGAUUAAUGAUAAAAACACGAUACAAUCAUUAUCUAUCUGGACGAAAUAUGAUGAAGACAAGAAUAAUACAUCACUAUUUAUCGACUUUAACGUUUUGCCAAUUCUGUUAGCAAGAUAUUGCUAAGUUUUCACGUGACCACCCAACGGACGGCAUCAUCAUUAGACUGAAGAGGGUCCGCAAAUCCGACCGAAACGCUUUUACAUAUUUUUCUGUUGUAUUUUCUAUUCUUACAAUAAAUUGUUUUUCGCACACCAA